GUAUUGAUGUCAAGUUGGACCAUUGUAGAAAAUAGAAAGUCUUAAAAAGAAGACCUGAUAAAGCCUUUGGAUUACACUGAAGCUGACCAAAGAUGGCCAAGUACGGAGAACACGAGGCCCAGCCCGAGGAUGGACAGAAUGAGUUUAGUGACAUCAUUAAGUGCAGAUCUGAUGAACACAAUGACGUGCAGAAGAAAACCUUUACCAAAUGGAUAAAUGCCCGCUUUUCAAAGAGUGGGAAGCCACCCAUCAGUGAUAUGUUCACAGACCUCAAGGAUGGAAGGAAGCUAUUGGACCUCCUCGAAGGCCUCACCGGAACCUCGCUGCCGAAGGAACGUGGCUCCACACGGGUACACGCUUUGAACAACGUCAACCGUGUGCUCCAGGUUUUACACCAGAACAAUGUGGAUUUGGUGAAUAUUGGAGGAACCGACAUUGUGGACGGAAAUCACAAACUGACUUUGGGAUUACUCUGGAGCAUCAUUUUACACUGGCAGGUGAAGGACGUCAUGAAGGACAUCAUGUCAGACUUGCAGCAGACCAACAGCGAGAAGAUCCUGCUGAGCUGGGUGCGCCAGUCCACCCGGCCUUACAGCCAGGUCAACGUCCUCAACUUCACCACAAGCUGGACAGACGGACUUGCCUUCAAUGCCGUGCUCCAUCGCCACAAACCUGAUCUUUUCAGCUGGGAUAGAGUCAUCAGAAUGUCCCCAAUUGAGAGACUCGAACAUGCCUUCAGCAAAGCUCAGACUUACUUGGGAAUUGAAAAGCUGUUAGAUCCUGAAGAUGUUGCUGUUCAGCUUCCUGACAAGAAAUCCAUAAUUAUGUAUUUAACGUCUUUGUUCGAGGUGCUACCUCAGCAGGUUACUUUAGAUGAUAUCCGUGAAGUAGAAACACUUCCAAGGAAAUAUAAGAAAGAAUGUGAAGAAGGAGAGAUUAACAUACAGAGCGCAGCACCUGAGGAAGAGCCCGAGGGUCUACGGGCUGAGACCCCCAGCACGGUCACUGAGGUGGACGUGGAUCUGGACAGCUAUCAGAUAGCGCUGGAGGAGGUGCUGACCUGGCUUCUCUCUGCCGAGGACACCUUCCAGGAGCAAGACGACAUUUCUAAUGAUGUUGAAGAAGUUAAAGAGCAGUUUGCGACCCAUGAAGCCUUUAUGAUGGAGCUGACUGCCCACCAGAGCAGUGUGGGGAGCGUCCUGCAGGCGGGAAACCAGCUCCUCACCCAGGGGACCCUCACAGAAGAGGAGGAGUUUGAGAUCCAGGAGCAAAUGACCCUGCUCAACGCCAGAUGGGAGGCGCUCAGGGUGGAGAGCAUGGAGAGGCAGUCCAGGUUGCACGAUGUGCUGAUGGAAUUGCAGAAGCAGCAGCUGCAGCAGCUUUCUGUCUGGUUAACAGUCACAGAAGAGCGCAUUCAGAAGAUGGAAGCCUACCCCGUGGAUGAGGAUUUACAGUCCAUUCAGAAACUGCUAGAAGAUCAUAAAAGUUUGCAGAAUGACCUUGAGACGGAACAGGUGAAAGUGAAUUCUUUAACUCACAUGGUGGUGAUUGUUGAUGAAAACAGUGGUGAGAGUGCUACAGCUGUUCUAGAAGAUCAGUUACAGAAACUUGGUGAGCGCUGGACAGCAGUAUGCCGUUGGACUGAAGAACGUUGGAAUAGGUUACAAGAAAUCAAUCUAUUGUGGCAAGAAUUAUUGGAAGAACAGUGCUUGUUGAAAGCUUGGCUAACUGAAAAGGAAGAGGCUUUAAAUAAAGUCCAAACGAGUAACUUCAAAGACCAAAAAGAACUGAGUGUCAGUGUCCGACGGCUGGCUAUUUUGAAGGAAGACAUGGAAAUGAAGCGCCAAGCACUGGAUCAGCUGAGUGAGAUUGGCCAAGAUGUGGGUCAAUUACUUGAUAAUCCCAAGGCAUCUAAGAAGAUCAACAGUGACUCUGAAGAACUGACACAGAGAUGGGACUCUCUGGUUCAAAGACUAGAAGAUUCUUCCAACCAGGUGACUCAAGCUGUCGCAAAGCUGGGGAUGUCCCAGAUUCCUCAGAAAGAUCUUUUGGAGACUGUUCGUGUACGAGAACAAGUAACCACAAAGAAGUCCAAGCAAGAGCUGCCUCCCCCGCCGCCCCCAAAGAAGAGACAGAUCCAUGUAGACCCUGAAGCAAAGAAAAAGUUUGAUGCUGUCAGUGCGGAGCUGCUGAACUGGGUGUUGAAGUCAAAGUCUGCCAUUCAGGCCACAGAGAUCAAAGAAUACAAGAAGAUGCGAGACACCUCAGAAAUGAAAAAGAAGCUGAAGGAAUUAGAAAAAGAACAGACAGAAAUAAGCCCCAAACUGGAGCAAUUAAGCCAAACUGGACAAAUACUUUUGGAACAAAUGAGAAAAGAAGGUCUUCCUACUGAAGAAAUGAAAAAUAUUCUGGAGAAGGUUUUAUCAGAGUGGAAGAUGUUAGCCCAGCGUUUGGAAGAUGCAGCAGACAAGAUCCAGUUGCAGGAAGAGAUAAACACUUACUGUCAACAGCUUGAUGAACUUGAAGAGAAUAUAAAGAAAAAGGAAGAGUGGGUGAAACAAACCCCCUUUUCAGGAUCACCUCAGAAAUCCUUGCCAAGUUUGAAGGACUCCUGCCAGCGGGAAUUAACGAACCUCCUUGGCCUUCACCCUAACAUUGAAACCCUGCGUGUGAGCUGCCUGGCCCUGAAGUCUCGGCCUUCUGCCCCACAUUUCAUCCAGCAGGGUCUCGAUGGCCUUCUGGGCCACUACCAAGCUUUACGACAGGAUUUAGAGGAUCGCCAGCAACAGCUCGAGAAUGAACUGAAGAGCCAGCCAGGACAAGAAUAUUUAGAAACACUGCAAACACUGAAAGAGCUUCUAAACAAGUCAGAAAACCAGACUCCCACUUCUCUGAGUGUCUUGAAUGACCUUGUGAAGGUGGAGACGGCCCUGCAGGAGAACAAGGCCCUGGAUGAAGUUCUUGAGAAUCAGAAACCUGCUCUAUGCAGACUUGCAGAGGAAACAAAGGCUUUGGAGAAAAAGGCUCUUCCGGGUGUAGAGACGACAUACCGGCAGGAAUUCGAUGCUGUUCAAGGGAAGUGGAACACGCUAAAGGCCAAGGUUUCCAAAGAACUGCAUUUGCUAGAAGAAAUUGCACCCAGACUCAGGACUUUUGAGGUGGAUUCCGAAGUCAUUGAGAAGUGGAUGGAUGGCGUGAAAGACUUCUUAAUGAAAGAGCAGGCUGCCCAAGGAGACGCGGAAGGGCUACAAAGGCAGCUUGACCAAUGUUCUGCAUUUUUUCAUGAACUUGAAGCAGUUGAAUCGGCUUUGAAGGAUAUGAAAGAAAUAGAGGCCGACCUUCGAAGCAGUCCGGUCCCUGGUAUCAAAACCUGGAUGCAGGCAAAACUAGGUGACUCCCAAGCACAAUUGGAAAAGUUUAGCAAGGAGAUUGCAGUGCAAAAAAAUAGGUUGUCUGAGAGCCAAGAGAAGGCUGUGAACCUGAAAAAAGACUUGGCUGAGAUGCAGGAAUGGAUGGCCCAAGCUGAGGAAGAGUACCUGGAAAGGGAUUUUGAGUACAAGUCACCAGAAGAGCUUGAGGGUGCUGUGGAAGAGAUGAAGAGGGCAAAAGAGGACGUGCUGCAGAAGGAGGUGCGAGUGAAGAUUCUCAAGGACAACAUCAAGCUGUUAGCUGCAAACGUGCCCUCUGGUGGCCAGGAGCUGUCAUCUGAGCUCAGUGUUGUGCUGGAGAAUUACCAACUUCUCUGUAACCGGAUUCGAGGGAAGUGCCACACGCUGGAGGAGGUCUGGUCGUGCUGGAUCGAACUGCUUCAUUAUUUGGACCUGGAAACCACCUGGCUCAACACACUGGAAGAGCGGAUGAAGAGAACGGACGCUGUGCCUGAGAAAGCAGAUGCUGUCAAUGAAGCACUCGAGUGUCUGGAAUCAGUUCUGCGUCACCCGGCUGAUAACCGCACCCAGAUUCGGGAACUUGGCCAGACUCUGAUAGAUGGUGGUAUCCUAGAUGACAUCAUCAGUGAGAAACUGGAGGCGUUCAACGGCCGAUACGAGGAGCUGAGCCACCUGGCAGAGAGCAAGCAGAUUGCCUUGGAAAAGCAACUGCAGGUCCUGCGAGAAACUGACCACAUGCUUCAGGUCCUGCAGGAGAGCUUAGCGGAGCUGGACAAGCAGCUCACCACUUACCUGACGGAUCGGAUAGAUGCCUUCCAAGUUCCGCAGGAAGCCCAGAAAAUCCAAGCCGAGAUUUCAGCCCACGAGCUCACUCUAGAAGAGUUGAGAAGAAGCAUGCGCUCCCAGCCGCCGACCUCCCCAGAUGCCCGGGCCGCCAGAGGAACCUCGCAGAUGGAUGUGCUGCAGAGGAAGCUUCGAGAGGUGUCCACAAAGUUCCAGCUCUUCCAGAAACCUGCGAACUUUGAACAGCGCAUGCUUGACUGCAGGCGCGUGCUGGACGGGGUGAAAGCAGAGCUGCAUGUCCUGGACGUGAAGGAUGUGGACCCCGAUGCCAUUCAGACCCACCUGGACAAGUGCAUGAAACUUUAUAAAACUUUGAGUGAAGUCAAGCUUGAAGUGGAGACUGUCAUCAAAACAGGAAGACACAUUGUCCAGAAGCAGCAAACCGAUAAUCCCAAAGGGAUGGACGAGGAGCUGACGUCCCUGAAGGUCCUCUACAAUGAUUUGGGGGCCCAGGUGACAGAGGGAAAACAGAACCUGGAACGAGCGUCACAGUUGGCCCGGAAGAUGAAGAAGGAGGGAGCCUUGCUCUCUGAAUGGCUUUCUGUUACUGAAGCCGAGCUGGUGCGGAAGUCCGCUUCAGAAGGGCAGCUGAGCGACUUGGAUGCAGAGGUUUCCUGGGCUAAAAGUGUCCUGAAGGAUCUGGAAAAGAAAAAGACUGAUUUAAAUACCAUCACAGAGAAUAGUGCUGCCCUCCAGAGUUUAAUAGAGGGCAGUGAGGCUGCGCUGGAAGAGAAGCUCUGUGUCCUCAAUGCCGGGUGGAGCCGAGUUCGAACUUGGACUGAAGACUGGUACAGUACUCUACUGACCCAUCAGAAGCAGCUGGACGUAUUUGAUGGGAAUGUAGCUCAUCUGAGCACUUGGCUUUACCAAGCGGAAGCUCUGCUGGAUGAGAUUGAAACAAAACCAGCAAGUAAACGAGAGGAAAUUGUGAAGCGGCUGGUAUCUGAGUUGGAUGAUGCUAAUGUCCAAGUUGAAAGUGUCCGCGAGGAAGCUGCUCUUUUGAUGAACGCACGUGGAGGCUCGAGGAGGGAACUUGUGGAACCAAAGUUAGCAGAACUGAAUAGAAACUUUGAGAAGGUGUCUCAGCAUAUCCGCAGUGCCACGAUGCUCAUUGGCCAGGAACCAUUAUCAUAUCAAUAUUUGGCGGACACAGAAACGGUUGACACUAGUGCACUUUCCUCUGAUUUGGAAAGAUUAGAAAAUGACAUACAAAAUAUGUUAAAUCUUGUGGAGAAGCAUUUGGAAUCCAGUGGCGAAGACGAAAAGGUGGGUGAGGAAAGAGCCCUGAUUGAGGAAGUCCUUCAGAGAGGAGAACACAUGUUACAUCAGCCCAUGGAGGAUAGUACACAAGAGAAGAUCCGUUUGCAGUUAAUGCUUCUGCGCACAAAGUUCAGUAAAGUCAAGGCAGUCCCUAUUCAACAGAAAAAAACAAGUCCACUGGCUUCUGGAGUUCGGUCCUCACUUCUUCCCACAGACUACCUUGUUGAAAUUAACAAAGUGUUACACUCCAUGGAUGAUGUUGAAUUGUCACUGAAGACACCAGAGCUGAGCACUGCUGUCUACGAAGACUUCUCUUUUCAGGAAGAUUCUCUGAAGAAUAUCAAAGACCAACUGGACAAGCUGGGGGACCAGAUUGCUGUCAUUCAUGAGAAGCAACCAGAUGUGAUCCUUGAGGCGUCCGGACCUGAAGCUGUUCAGAUUGGGGAUAUGCUUGCGCAGCUGAAUGCAAAAUGGGACAGAGUUAAUAGAAUGUACAGUGAUCGGAAGGGUUAUUUUGAUCAGGCUGUAGAAGAGUGGAGACAGUUCCACUGUGACCUGAGUGACCUCACGCAGUGGAUGGCAGAAUUUGAGCAGUUGCUGGUUGAUACCUGCACUCCAGAUGGCAGCCUGGACGUGGAGAAAGCCAGGAUGCACCAGCAGGACCUUGAAGAUGGCAUCAGCAGCCACCAGCCUCGUUUCGCAGCACUGAACAGAGCGGGGGACGAGAUAGUACAGAAACUCUCCUCCACAAACGGAAGCUUCCUGAGAGACAAGCUGGCAGGUCUAAACCAGCGCUGGAGUGUGGUGGUGGCGGAAGUGAAGGACAGGAAGCCAAGGCUAAAAGGAGAAGGGAAGCAGGCAAUGGAAUAUAGGAAAAGGCUAGAUGACGUGGUCUGCUGGUUAACAAAGGCUGAGCUUGCUGUACAGAGGAAGCCCACCGCUGACCUGGAAGAAAACCUGCAAGAAUUGACAGAUUUAACCCAGCAGAUGGAAGUACAAGCUGAUAAACUCAAAUGGCUCAAUAGAACGGAAUUGGAAAUGCUUUCAGAUAAGAGUCUGAGCUUACAGGAAAGAGAGAAAAUUUCAGAAAGCUUAAGAACUGUGAACGCAACGUGGAAUAAGGUAUGCAGAGAAGUGCCUGUUACAUUAAAGGAACGUAGGCAAGAAUCCAGUUCUGGUUCACAAACAAGGAUUGCUGCUCAUCCUAGUGUCCAAAAGGUGGUGCUAGUAUCAUCUGCGCCAGAAGUUCCUGUUCAGUCUCAUCGUGCUUCAGAAAUCACCAUUCCUGCUGAUCUGGAUAAAACAACAACAGAGCUGGCCGACUGGCUGGUAUUGAUCGACCAGAUGCUGAAGUCCAACAUUGUCACCGUCGGGGACGUCACAGAGAUCAAUAAGACAGUUUCCCGAAUGAAAAUCACGAAAGCGGACUUGGAGCAGCGUCGUCCUCAGCUGGAUUAUGUUUUCACGUUGGCACAGAAUUUGAAAAACAAAUCUUCCAGUUCUGAUGUGAGAACAGCCAUUACAGAAAAAUUGGACAGGGUGCAGAGCCAGUGGGACAGCACUCAGCAUGGCGUGCAGGCCCGGCAGCAGCAGCUGGAGGACAUGAUCGUUGACAGUCUGCAGUGGGGUGACCACCGGGAGGAGGCCGAGGAGCUUCUGAGGAAGCGUGAGGCUCAGCUCUGCCUCCUUCAGCAGGCCCGCAGGGACCCUCUUAUCAAGCAGAUUUCUGAUAACCAGGUACUGCUGCAGGAGCUGGGUUCCAGUGACAGUGUCAUGGUGGUGUUGGACAAUGUCCUGCAGAAACUGCUGGAGGAUUAUGGGAGUGAUGACACAAGGAAUGUGAAAGAAACCACGGAGUACUUAAAAUCUACCUGGAUCAACCUAAAACAAAGCAUUGCUGACAGACAGAUUGCCCUGGAGGCUGAGCUGAGGACAGUGCAGGCCUCGCGCCGGGACCUGGAAAACUUCCUCAAGUGGAUCCAAGAAGCAGAAACCACAGUUAAUGUGCUGGCGGACGCCUGUCAGCGGGAGAAUGCUCUUCAGGACAGCACCAUGGCCCGGGAGCUCCAGCGGCAGAUGCAGGAUAUCCAGGCGGAAAUUGAUGCUCACAAUGACAUCUUUAAAAGCAUUGAUGGAAACCGACAGAAGAUGGUAAAAGCUUUAGGAAAUUCUGAAGAAGCCACUAUGCUUCAGCAUCGACUAGAUGACAUGAACCAGAGGUGGAAUGACUUAAAAGCAAAGUCUGCCAGCAUCAGGGCCCAUUUGGAGGCUAGUGCUGAGAAGUGGAACCGGCUGCUGACAUCUUUAGAAGAGCUCAUCAAAUGGCUCAAUCUGAAGGAUGAAGAGCUGAAGAAGCAAAUGCCCAUCGGGGGUGAUGUUCUUGCCUUACAGCUCCAGUAUGAUCAUUGUAAAGCGCUGAGGCGGGAACUGAAGGAGAAGGAGUAUUCUGUCCUGAAUGCUGUCGACCAAGCCAGAGUGUUCCUUGCUGAUCAGCCCAUUGAGGCACCUGAAGAACCAAGAAGAAACCUACAAUCAAAACCAGAAUUGACCCCUGAGGAGAGAGCCCAGAAGAUUGCCAAAGCCAUGCGCAAACAGUCCUCAGAAGUUAAAGAGAAGUGGGAAAGUCUAAAUGCUGUUACUAGCAAUUGGCAGAAGCAAGUAGACAAGGCGUUGGAGAAGCUUCGAGACCUGCAGGGCGCGAUGGAUGACCUGGAUGCGGACAUGAAGGAGGUGGAGGCGGUGCGGAAUGGCUGGAAGCCUGUGGGGGACUUACUCAUCGACUCGCUGCAGGACCACAUUGAGAAAACCACGGCAUUUAGAGAAGAAAUUGCACCAAUCAACUUAAAAGUAAAAACUAUGAAUGAUUUAUCCAGUCAGCUCUCUCCACUUGACCUGCACCCGUCUAUAAAGAUGUCGCGCCAGUUGGAUGACCUUAAUAUGAGAUGGAAAAUUUUACAGGUGUCAGUGGAUGAGCGCCUCGUCCAGCUUCAGGAAGCCCACCGAGACUUUGGCCCAUCCUCCCAGCAUUUUCUCUCUACUUCAGUCCAGCUGCCGUGGCAGAGGUCCAUCUCACAUAAUAAAGUGCCCUAUUACAUCAAUCAUCAAACACAAACAACCUGUUGGGAUCACCCCAAAAUGACCGAACUCUUUCAGUCCCUUGCUGACCUGAAUAAUGUACGUUUCUCUGCAUAUCGCACGGCCAUCAAGAUCCGAAGACUGCAGAAAGCCCUGUGCUUGGACCUAUUAGAAUUGAAUACAACAAAUGAAGUUUUCAAACAGCACAAGCUGAACCAAAAUGAUCAGCUCCUCACUGUUCCGGAUGUCAUCAACUGCCUGACAACAACGUACGACGGCCUUGAGCAAACGCACAAGGACCUGGUCAACGUCCCGCUCUGCGUGGACAUGUGCCUCAACUGGUUGCUCAACGUGUAUGACACAGGUCGGACUGGAAAAAUAAGAGUACAGAGUCUGAAGAUUGGAUUGAUGUCUCUUUCCAAAGGUCUCCUAGAGGAAAAAUACAGAUAUCUCUUUAACGAAGUGGCGGGGCCCACGGAAAUGUGUGACCAGCGGCAGCUGGGCUUGCUGCUUCACGAUGCUAUCCAGAUCCCUCGGCAGCUGGGGGAAGUGGCAGCUUUUGGAGGCAGCAACAUUGAACCCAGUGUUCGAAGCUGCUUCCAGCAGAAUAACAACAAGCCAGAGAUAAGCGUGAAGGAGUUCAUAGACUGGAUGCGUCUGGAACCACAGUCUAUGGUUUGGCUGCCAGUUUUACAUCGAGUGGCAGCAGCUGAGACUGCAAAACAUCAGGCCAAGUGCAACAUCUGUAAAGAAUGUCCUAUUGUAGGAUUCCGGUAUAGAAGCCUCAAGCAUUUUAACUAUGAUGUCUGCCAGAGCUGCUUUUUUUCUGGUCGAACAGCAAAAGGUCACAAGUUGCAUUAUCCGAUGGUGGAAUAUUGUAUACCUACAACAUCUGGGGAAGAUGUGCGGGACUUCACAAAGGUGCUGAAGAACAAGUUCAGGUCAAAGAAAUACUUUGCCAAACACCCUCGCCUUGGCUACCUGCCAGUCCAGACAGUUCUUGAAGGUGACAACUUAGAAACUCCUAUCACCCUCAUCAGCAUGUGGCCGGAACACUACGACCCCUCCCAGUCUCCUCAGCUGUUUCAUGACGAUACCCAUUCCAGAAUAGAGCAGUACGCCACCAGAUUGGCCCAGAUGGAAAGGACGAAUGGAUCUUUCCUCACUGACAGCAGCUCUACCACAGGAAGUGUGGAGGACGAGCACGCCCUCAUCCAGCAGUACUGUCAGACGCUGGGUGGGGAGUCCCCGGUGAGCCAGCCACAGAGCCCCGCGCAGAUUCUCAAGUCGGUGGAGAGAGAAGAGCGCGGAGAACUGGAGCGCAUCAUUGCUGACUUGGAGGAAGAGCAGAGGAGUCUGCAGGUGGAGUAUGAGCAGCUGAAGGAGCAGCACUUGAAAAGGGGCCUCCCUGUGGGCUCCCCCCCAGACUCCAUCGUGUCCCCCCAUCACACGGCUGAGGACUCGGAGCUCAUAGCGGAAGCCAAGCUCCUCCGGCAACACAAAGGCCGGCUGGAGGCCAGGAUGCAGAUCCUGGAGGAUCACAACAAACAGCUGGAGUCCCAGCUGCACCGACUCCGCCAGCUGCUGGAGCAGCCUGAAUCCGAUCCCCGAAUCAAUGGUGUCUCCCCCUGGGCUUCACCUCAACAUUCAUCACUCAGCUACUCGCUUGAUCAAGAUCCGGGCCCUCAGUUCCAACCAGCAGGGGCGGAGGACGUGUUGUCGCCACCUCACGAGACCAGCGCAGACCUCACUGAGGUCAUGGAGCAGAUCAACAGCACCUUCCCGUCUUGCUGUCCAAAUCUCCCCAGCAGGCCACAGUAUUCAGGAGCCCAAAUCAAUGACUCGGUCCCAAUGGGAACAUCCGUGCUUGCUGAGCUCUGCCUCCAUCCAGCAGGGCAGCAAAAUGUUCAAAAUCCAGAAACAAGUUACCGAAGAAGCCAGAUUUCAAUAGUCAUGGCAAAUGUGGAAUAG